AUGAGUAUUCGGAAUCAUAACCGUUCAGAUCAAUUCGCUCAGAAUGACAACAGCGAUGACGAUUAUCUGCUAGAGCAAAGUCUUGUAAAAGUAGAAGCUGACUUAUCAAAAAAAAAUUCGUUUGUCAGCAUGGACGAUAUCGAAAAUGGAGAUGAUAUAGUGUGGAGUGAUGGCGACUCUUUAACUUGGCCUGAAGUAGAAGAUACAAUCGAUAAUGGAAGUGAUAUUUUAGUAGCCGAAGCAUUAGAUGAAACGAAGGCCAAAACGAUCGUUAACAGUAGUCAGGUUGAAGAUAUUUACGACUUUGAUUCAUCAGAUGAUGAAGAGCUGGUUGCAGCAGAAGAGGAAAUUACAGGACAAACAUCUUUUUCUUCGAUUAAAAGUGAAUUAACGACUUCAUCGAAUUACAAAACUCCAUCGUCAAAAAAUAUAUCAUCACCUUCAUCAUCAAUUAACAGCAUAGCCAGUAGCUCUCCUGAAAAUGUUAAAACCAAUGUGACUUCAACCCCUCUGCUAAGUAGCAAGCAACUGACAUCGCAUAAAGUUCUAAUGCGUAAACGAAAAGCCAGUGAAUUUAUAAAAGAAUUGACCAGCCGUGAUAGCCCUUCAAUGGAUGAAAAUUUUGUAGAAAAAAAGAAAUCGUCCAUAGAAGUUCAAAUCUUAACAGAAUGCAAGUCUUAUGGUUUAUCUAUAACCUUCUGCAAUGUUGUCAAACAUAAUCAAAUUGGUCAAACCGAAAAGGAUGAUGAUUUAUCAAAUUACUCCCAUGUGAUUGCUAUUUUUACUGGUGAAACUAAAACAUCAAUAAAAUACAAAACUGGCGAUUGUGUGGAAAUUUUUGAGCCUUGGCAGAGGCUGGACAUUCCAGCUAAGGACUCUCCAGUUCUUAUAUGUACAUACUUCGGUAUUCUUAGUAAUACGAAAACAGAAAGCAUUGUUGGAGAUGGUAGCCAAAACAGUGGCGUCAGAACAGCAGUAGAUAUUCAAAAACUGCUCAAUUCUUCUCGUAGCGCUCUUAGCCCUGAUGAGAGUCGAAUACCACUAUCCAAGGAUCUUCGUCGUCGUCGUUUAAUAUUCCAUAGUAGCAAUUUGUCUUCAAUAGGGUCAGAUGAAAGCAAAGCUGGUAACGAGUUUGAUCAGACCAAGAAUGAAACUCGAUCCAUAAAGAGUUCGCUAACUUUAGUAACAAGUUCAGAUGAUGGAUCACUUUACGGGUCUAGUACGUCACUACAUGCAGCAAUUGAAAGUAGCUCUCUAUUUAAGCACCCAAAUAGUGUAUCAUUUAUUGGCAGAAUACAAAGAAUCUGUAGUACUAUUGCAAGAAAUUCUACGAGUUCAAGGACAGACUCAAGAAAAAACAAUGUCGUUAAAAGUAUUAUCCAUAGGGCAUCAAGCUCUAGCUCAUAUUGCCAACAGAAGUGGAUGCUCAUUGUACAAGAUCUCUGCGGAACUUUUACCGAAAUCAUAGUAGACUGUCAAGUGAGUCAGCUAAACAGUUGGCAUCAUUGCUUAAGGGAAGGUGAAGGAAAGUGCUUCAAAUUUUCCAAUUUAGACGUAGCUAAUCGAACGAACAGUCAGAAAUCUCCAGUACUAUUUAGCUUACUGAAAUCGUUACCUUUAAAUGACGACAAUGAAUACAAAAAUUUACAAAAUAUCGAUAACAACAAUUCUUGUUCAAAUUGUUAUAUUCUUACUGCUCGUGCUGGAGAAUCUUCGGCUACUCUGAUUCCCUCUAAUGAGGAAUAUCUCUACGAAUCAAUCACAGCAAGCUUUGAUGCUUAUUCUUACCCUAAGAUUAGCUCCUUAUAUUCGGUUAAAAUGUUAUCGGGAGAAUGUCAACGAGUUAGCACGGCGGUCAAAGUUGUCUACAUAAGACAUGAUGAUGAUCCAAAUUCUAAUAUUCAGCAAAUCAGUUCUUCUAAUGUUUCAUUUUCUCAACUGGGAUUAUACGUAUAUGCAACGGACAGCAGUAUACUUAGUAAAAGUAUCCCGCGAACACCCAACGAAAGCAAUGAUUGUAAUACUUCACAAUUGUUAAGGAAUGAACCUAUUGUAAUGAUCCAUUUGGACAAGACUGUUGUUUUACUAAAUUCUUUGGUUCAAUGCCUUGAUUCAAAUUGCAACUUUUUCGCUGAUCGUUAUUCUAUUGUUUGUAAAGCAACAUCGGAAAAAGACGUGAAAAAUGAAACCAUAGGAAUACCCGAUAAUAUUUAUAAUAAUUUGCUAAGUAUUGAUCUCAAAAGUCUGCGAAGGUUGCAACUUAGUAAUACUAAUCGAAACUUAGUUUGUAUUGAAGGUCAGCUACUAGAUCUUGAUAAAGAAUCAAUAAAAUUCUAUUUCCAUUGUAUGGCUUGCAAGAAAAAGAACUUUAUAUAUGAUGAUAGAUACGUGCGCCGGUGUCAUAAAUGUAAACCGAGUCAAAUUACAUGCAAGCUUGGCUUUGAAGUUCAAGCCAGCCUUGAAACAGAAGAGAGUAUUGCUCAAUGCUUUGACUUAAAGAUGACGAUAAAUGAUAUAGUAUUAGGCAAUCUUAUAGCCCCUGAACGUCUACGAUCUUGUCCUACAGAGGAUUUGGGAUAUUUGAAAGGAAAUAAGAUUGGCCCUCUUAAUGGUUACGUACGGAAGAAACUAAUUAAUAAGUGCAAUAAUAGAACUACGUUUAUUAUUGAGGAAAUAGCGUUAUCAAAUUAA